AGGAGUUCGAAUGCGCCCACUCCGACGACGAUGUCCUGAGCGGGCCGAAGAAGCAGCAAUUGGUGUUCAUCGACAGGGAUGCCAUACAAGGGAGCAGCCGGAGCAGCCAAGACGGCAUGAGCGCCAAGACAGGAUCGACCAGGGGUCCCAGCGACUCGAGCACCAAGACCAGCGGCAAGGGCAUGUUUGUGAGGCACACCAGCACGAAUUUUAGCGUGCCGCCGUCCAAGCUAGACGCGGAGAAGGUGAAGAGAUUCCGGGCUUUCUUGGAGAGCCAGGACCUCAACGUCUCCAGCUGGGGCGGCCACGGCUCGAAGGCCGUGGAGCAGCUCUACUGGGAGGCGCACCAGGAGAGGCGCUGCCACUUCAUCAGGUGCACUGCCACUGGCCGCAUCGAGCGGGUCGUGCAUUUGGUGAAGAUAAAGUUGGUCGCAGAGAUCUUCGGUGUCGACCACACGUUGUACUCGCGCAUGCAGUUCAUGCACGACGGCCAGCAGAUAGAGCGGAGACAGGUACCGCUGACAAAGCUCAGAUGGAACAUCCCCCCAGACGACGACCAGCACAGCGCAGAGGAGCUGAAGGCUGAUAGCUGCCAGCACGCAGAGGACUGGAGAGGGGCCGCCAGGAAGACCCUGGAGGAGCGCCUCGGGCUUAGCGAGAAGUGGCAGGAGAAGUUCCUGGUGGAAGACGUGCACGCCCACACCUUCCACGUCGAGGAGAACACCAAGAGCGCUGGGUACCCGGGCCUCCUGACGUCCUACUGCAUCCACUGGACUACGCUGCGGGUGUCGGACCCGCUGCUGCAGAGCGCGGCGUGCCUCGGCCUGCCGCACGGGCAGGAGUUCGCGACGCGCGAGGGCGACUUCAACUUCAGCGCGCACGUCGAGCUUGGCCUCCCCAUCGGCUCGCAGCUCAAUAUCUGGACCUGGGAGCGCGAGAAGAGAGACUCGGCGGCGGAGGCGGCCGCCCGCCCCUCCCCGAUGCGCAGCGAGAACAAGAAGCCCACCUUGGUGGUGGACUCGAGGGCCAUCAAGAGGGUCCCCCUGCUGGCCGUGUCCGCGCAUGCGCUGGCAGACUUGCACCGAAGGCUCGAGUCCAGUUCUGGGAACACGAAGCCGAGCGGCGCGCUGUACUCCGCCAUGGAGGGCCAGCAGACGGACUGGGCGAAGGCCAAGAAGAUCGCCCAAAGCUUGUUGGAC